AUGGACUACUACAAUAUAAAGAAGUUUGUAUGUGAAACGUCCGGAAACUCCAAUUUCACAUUUUUCGAGGCCCUCAAAGUUGAACAAAGUGAGAUGAGCAUGAUGGAGGCAAGGUUUCCGGAUCCAGUUAAGGAGCCAAUUUUGCGUUACGUCUCAUUUUCUACAACGCCGAGAAUUGAUGCAUUGGUUGAUGAGGUUUAUGCAAAAUUCAAGGACGAUUUCUUUCCGGGAGACCAGGUAGUGGUCAAAACCGAUACUGGCGACAAAGUACACGGAACUGUUCGCGAGAAAGCAAGAUUUAAUGCGAUCACCUUGCCUGAUGGAACCGUGAAAGAAGGCUACUGUUCAUAUCGAGUUCUUCUUCAAAAUAACGAGGAAACUACCGUGAACUCCAUUUCACAGAUCGCAAGAGAAAGGAACUCCUUCACUAAAUGGUACGUCAAAGCAUUUUUGAAGAUGAGUCUCACUAGAUCCACGAAACUUGGUUCUCCCUGGGUCUUGAAAGACUCAGUCGCAAAGAAAUACAGGAUUUCAUUGGAGUACCCUGAUCAUCUCAAACAAUAUGAACAUCCAAAAGACUCGCUAAGAAAAGCCACGCUCACCAAUAAACUCAAAGCCAAUGAGCAUAUAUUUGAUAACCUCAAAGAAACUCCGCCCACCGCCCAUGAACAAGAGAAUGGGUUCACGUUGCAGCUAUGGAAACAAAAAUGGUACGACGCUCUCAAACACUGCACAGUUUAUUUUCAGGACACUCCAGACAGUGAUGCCGACCCAGAGAUCAAACAGAAGAUUCUCACCCUUUUCCAAUACUCAAGCGUCAAAGUUCUGCCAAAAUUCGACCCAAAGACGGUCAACUUUUUGGUCACUUCUAUCCCCUACUCUCCUAAAGCCACCUACACGCCUGACAAUAUAUUUUAUCAUGUUCUCGAUAACAAAAUCAAAGUCUGGCAUUACGAAAAGUGCUUCCGGUUUUUUAAGAGCUUGAACAUUACGUAUAGAAAGAUUAUGGCAGCUCAGACCCAAAUGGAUGAGAACUCGGCAUCUCCUGACGUGGCGUCUCCUAAUCCUAAUAAUGGGUACGUUGAUAUAUUGCCUGCGCCUGGGUCGAGAGCACAAGCUACAACUCCUUUGGAUUCAAGAAGCUCCACUCCUAUCAAUGUGUUUAAUGGUAGCAAGUUCAGACCACCAGGCCUUAUUGAUGAUUUGAAGCUACCGUUCCGUGGAGUUUCAAAGUCACGUCCUAAACUCAUUAAACUUCCAGGGGUGCAAGAUAGUUCCGACAUUCUGGAGUCUUGGAUAUUUCUAAAUAUGUAUGCGAGAGCACUGAUCAUCGACAAUUUCACAUUUGAUGAUUAUUUCGCUGCAUUGAGAUGGGAAGAUGAAGAGACUGUCUGUCCUUUACUUAUGGAGAUUUACUGUGGUAUGUUCAAGGCUUUUAUGGAUGGUAGACGUCGUGUUUUAGUUACGCUACCAAAAGAGAACGCUCUUGACAAUGGCGAUGAUGACGACAAACUGAAUGAUGACGAUCAGCCUGACGAUGAUAGCUCCGAGAUCAAAACGGAGUCACCUAAAGCUCUCGCGCAAGAAGAAGGUGAGAAAGCCGAACUUUCUCAUGAAGAAGACGAAGCCGAGGAGGAAAUCAUCAAUCACAAUGCAUAUUCUUUCCUCAGAUACAAAAACCGUCCAUGGGAAGAUAGAUUGGCAACUCGCCAAUUCAAAGAGGGAAAUUGGCUCAUGGUGCUGAUUGGAAUUAUGGCGAUGGUCGAGUUCCUGCCAGAGUACAAAGAUGACAUCAAUCGUAUAUUCGAAAUACUUGCCCCAGCCGAAGAAGCAUCAACCCCUGAAACAUUGCAACACAACUACUUUAAAAAGCUUUCGGCCGAAGAUCGUGCGAAGACCAUUGCUAUAGUGAUGUCGCUGCUUUUAAAUGGUACUGUAAUCAGAUCUCAUAUCGAAAAAUGUCUGGAAGAUGCAACUGCACUUAGGCGUGACCGACUUGAGCUCAUUAAAGAGUUCAAAGUGAUUAUGGAUCAGGCUAUUGUUAUUCAAAAGAACAUCAUCGAGACUCUCAAGCCCAUCACCACUGCUCAAAUUAAAAACUGGAACCAUGACCCUGAAAAAACACAAGAGCUCAUCGAACAAAAGAAAAAGGUUAGUAGGCUGGGAUUCAGCUACCUUCCGCCUGAACCGACCACUUUGGAGAAGGCCGUUUGCGCAAGCAAUCCGGAGUUCAUGAAACUCAUUAAACAAAGGGUGGAGAAGGUGAAAGAAAUUGAUGAGAUGAAACAGAAGCGUAGAAACCUUGAGAAAAGCUUAAAUGAAAUCGAUUGUCAAAGAAUUUGCUACAUUGGACGGGACAGAUUUUACAACAGAUAUUGGUGGUUUGAAAAAAAUGGUCUCCCCAACUUGAGUUCAGCCGCUCACCAUGACGACGAAGAAGAUGAUGGAGCCGACAUGAGCGACGCUGGAUCUGAGUAUGAAGAGGAAUCCUAUUUAAUGGGUCGUUUGUGGAUCCAAGGUCCUGGUGAUGAAGACCGUAAUGUUUUCCUAAAGUUCGAUGACGAUCAGUUGAAGAGUUGGAACGAGAUAGUGCAGGUACCUUUGAAAGAUUCUAGAGAUAACAAGGACGAUGGGAUCAAUCCGACAGAUAAGCUGAAUGAUUUAACAAAUGUGGCUGAUGUUGAAGUUAGAGAAGGUGAACAAGAGAUGGAAUCAGUGAGAAAAGCUCAUUUUGUUCAGGCUGCGCAAGCUCUCUUUGGUCUCAAGUUUGAAAAAGGAGAAGUGAGAGAUGAAAAAGGAUUUGUGGUUGUGGACAAAUAUGGCUCUACCAUAGAGAGACAAUUUAGUCCUAUUGAGCGAAAAGUUUUAGAAGAAGGCAGCGAUAUCCUGAUAUCCUCAUCUGACUGGGGAUACCUUGAGCGUCCAGAGCAAAUUGAGGAGCUCUUGAGAUGGCUGAAUAUCGAGGGGGAGCGCGAAAAGCAUCUCCGCAAAAAGAUCGUGGAUCUUCAAGAUCAAAUUACGAACAGUUUGAGCUCUAGGGUUAAAACUGUAGGAAUUGGCUGUAAGUCGGAGGACGAGGUUAAAUUUGAGAAAAUCAUUGCUGAAACAGAAAUAAGUGAUGAUGAUGAAGGCGGUGCCGAAGAACAGGGCUCUCAGGGCGAGACAGAUGGCGACAAAGCAUCCACGCGUUCCGAGGCCAAGAAACGGAGGCGUGAAGAUGAUGAAGUUCGCAUGCCCAAACGAACCAGAAGAGGCGGACAGCGCGAUUUGGAGAAACAAAUGAUGAAAGAGCGUCAAGCGAGAUUGGACAGACUGGAACAUGCAAGAGAAAUGCUGCAAUCUUUGAGGACAGACAGAGACAGGCAAAAUUUACUAUCAUGGGUGAAUUCUCGCGCAGUUGAAGCUUACGGCUAUUCCCAUUAUGAUGGUCCCAAAAUUGCUGCAAAGUCCAUAGGAAGAGGCCGUAAGAAGACUAGAAGAUAG